AUGUCAAAUUUUAAUUCUCGUUCUUUUACUAUUGAAGGUGGCCACGAUGGGGAAAUAGCUCUGGACAUCCUAAAUGAAGAUUUAAAAGACUUGUCUCUCAAGGAUGCAAUUAUCGAUCUAUACCUUAACGUCAAGAUCAGAAAUUCAGAGGAUAUUGACAAUUACAACCAAGACAUGUUAAAGGAAGAGAAGGAGCAACUUAAAGACAUAGACCCCUUCAUUAUUAUUGAGUAUAUCAAAUCUUCAAUAGAAAUACUGCUGAGCUUAAAACUUGAAGAGCAGGAAAGAGAAUUAAAGAAGGGCAAGUAAUAGCCAGAGAAUAAACCAAGAGUGGCUACGAACUUCAAGAGUGGAGAUGCAUCGUCAAUUGUUGAUUUCUUUAGUGAUUAGUCAUCAUGCCGUAUAGAGCCUCCUUAAGAAUAUGAAAAUCAAAUAUAGAAGCUAGAAAAUGAUGUCCGUAAUCAUAUCAGGAUUGAGCAACAAUUGAAGAUUCACCUGGACAAUGUCCUAUAGAAAAUAGAAGAUUAAGAAAAGCAGUAACUCAUAGACCACACUUAAAAUCAAGAACGCAUUAAAGAGCUUAAAAAAGAUAAGGAAAGACUUGAAGAAUUGCUAUCCUUAAGAGAUAGAGAACUCUCUGACUUCAAAAGGAAAUAUGAAAACUUUGACUUAAACCUUGUUACUGAAAACUAAAAUCUACAAAAAAAAAUAGUGUAGAUGGAGGCCGAGUACAAUACAAAGAUAUUGAACUUAUAAAAGGAAUUGGAUGAUGCCCGGAAUCAGUUAAGAUCAGUAUCUGAGAAGCGAAGUUCAUAGCUGUAGACGAUGAGGACUUUUGAUAACAUUGAUGAAGGAGAGGAUAUGUUUAGUCUAAGGAAGAAAAUACCAGAUGGCACUGAUACCCUUGCUUUAAUGGAAAGAUUAAAUGAGCUGUCAAAGUUUAAGUCAAUGAAGGAGAUGAUGAAGAUAAAAAAUGAAUAGAUUAAGUUCUACAGAGACUCUUUUUAAAAGAUUAAGUCAAAGAGCCCCAGCAAGUAUCAGUCCUCUGAAAAUCAAAAUAGCUAACUACUGUAAAAUUCAAACAGUUAAGGUAGCUUAUCCAAUCUGACUCAUAAAAGAAGUCAAUCAUAAAAUAUGACCGCUAUUAAUAUCAAGCCUUAAACAGCGAACCAGGAUGGAUAAAAGAAUCUUAUAUAGCAAUAUAAUAACUACAUAAAUCUUAAGUAGGGUAACUCAAGGACCACAGGAUAGAUGUCUCUUAACAUGACUUAGAGUAUGCCCACUGGUCACUCAACUGAUAAUCUGAAGUUUUUAAUGCAACAGUAAAUUCAAGAUGAAUACCUUCAUGAUCAUAUUCUAGCAAAUUAAAAUGUAGGACUUUAAAACAGUAACUUCAUGAAUUUAUAUCUGGGAGCUCCACCUAAUCUAAACUAAGGCUAGCAAUAGCAGUAGUCUCAUGCCAGUUAAACCAGAUAAAAUAACUUAGGGAAUUCAGGAACUACUGCUGCUACUUACAAUAGCAAAAAGAUCAUUAGUAGCAAGCAGCAGCAUUAGAAUUACUCCAUGGCUUUAAAUUCAAGUGGAAGCAAUACUGGGCGUGGGGCAUCUUCAUCUAAUCUAGCAAAGAAUAAGAUCAACAAAGCAUCUUACAAUGAAUUGCAAAAAUAAUUAUCGCAGUCUAACAUCAGGUACUCUAAUAAUAUAACUAACUAGCAUAUUCCUACAAAGCAUAUUCAAGGAUAGCAACCCAUGCUUCAAUAAUCACAAUCAUAAUAUAUCAAGCCCAUUACAAACUUCAAUCAAACCUAGUAAAUUUAGCACAAUGCUCAGUAGCAGCAUCCUAUCGUAGUUAUGAGUGGAGCUAUGGGCGUGGGUUCUCAACUUCAGGGAUUGAAUCCUAUUGUAAAUAGUAAAGCUUAAAAUACUUAACUCAAAAAGAAAAAGCUCAAUCAAAUCCUCAACGAAAAUGCAGGAUCAUCAUGGAAGUCAAAUUUAAUGAGCAUUUACGAUCAAAGUAGUUCAAGUUUGGGAAAGACGGACAAUCAAUUUUACCCUUAAAUGAGAGAGCACUCAGGAUAAUAUCUACUCGACAAGGACGGAGUUAUUGACUAAAUUCAGUAGUUUUUCUUUCAGAACAUUUAGAUACUGAUCAAAAUCUAUCAUGAAGGGAAAAUCAGCCUCGAUGAAGAAGUAUAUUAAUAUGAUCCAAAAUCGAGAAACAAACUGAAAUAUUUCAUAAAUCUCACACUUGACUAUCUUAGACAUUAAAUUUUAGUUGCAUCUCAGCAGCUUAAUAUUGACACAGAGUUUGAUGAGGUGGUAUACCCUCUUAAGUAUGGUUAUUACCUUAUAAGAGAGGACUAAUAUAUUAAAGCAAAUGAACUAAUUAGAGAUAGAGUAAAAUAACUAUAGUACUAAGCUUAUCUUCAAAAUCAGAUAGAUUACAUAUUCGACAAACUCAACGUUCAUAAAAAAGAGAAUCUCAAAGUAAUUGAGAUUGCCAGAGAUAGGUUUGAAGAUCUAAUUUCAUAGAUUCCUGAGAUAUAAGAGAAAUACGAAUGGAAUCUUUAUUACACAGGCUAGGUCGCAGAUGGAAGUUUAACUGUAGACAUCAAGUCAUUUGAUCUAACUCUAGAAAUUCAAACAGAGUAAAAGGAAUCUAUAGACUUUGAGUAUAUUCUGAAUCUUAUUAAAUGGUAUAUCGAUAAAAAAUAUUCCCAAUAUUACAAAUAAGCUGAAGUAUUACAUACUAGAGAGGCAAUUAUUUUAAGAUUAAAAGAUACUGCAUCUGAAUUUCAAAUAGAUAUUUAAAUAAACAAUAGAGAAACAUCCUAUAUUACCAAAAAUUAUAUCAGAUGA